AUGCAAAAGCCGACCGACUGGCUCUAUCCUGCUCGCCCAUAUCCUUCACACGUGUGGCAAUGGGAUGGUGCCGGAGAAGCUCCCAGGCAGGGGCAAGACGGAUUCCGCAAGUUUGUGCAGACAGCCCUGGAGAGGUUCAGGAGCAGCGGUAGCGAAGAAGAUGCCAUGCGGAACUCAGGCAGAUGUCUUCCUCUUCAGCCGUACCAGCUCAGAGUGGCGUUUCUGUUGCACCCAUUGUCUCCAUUGACUCGUCUGCUGGUGGUCCAUGCGACCGGUUCAGGAAAAACGCGCACGGUUUUGGCUGCUGCCGACUCGUUCUUCAGAUCGGGCAAAGCGACUUGCCUGUUCUUUCCAGAAGAAGCAGUGAAGGAAAACUUUUACCAGGAGCUACUGAAAUUCCCUGGCUCCUGGCGCGACUUCUUCUGUGCCUUCGAGAAUGUUCCCGAGUGGCGCAAGCGGCGUCAUCGCUGCUGGUCUGCAGAAGAAGUUGCAGAGUUCCCCCCUUCGCAAGUGGAGGCUUGCCUUGGCCUGGAAAGAAAGGUCCGACUGGGUGAGGUCUCUCAAGCGUUUCUGCAGGAAUGGUCGCAGCAGCAUCCCGACGUUCCUCCGCCAACAGCUCCUCUGCGGGCCUUCAAGUAUACGUCUGCAGGGGGUUCCCGUGCAGGAUGGAAGAGAGACGGAUCUUUCGAUGCCUCCAGGAUGGACAGUGUGUUUCGCUUCGGCUUCGAUGGGAAGAACCCCAUGAGCAACAAGAACUUGGUUUUCGAUGAGGUGCACAACAUGCUGGCUCUUCCAAGGUGGAAAGGAAACUAUUGGAAGGAGCCUCUGCGAAGGCUUCGCAAGGCAGUCGCAGAUGCAAACGGCUCAUCGCUUGUCUUUCUAACAGGCAGCCCCAUUCAGACCGACACGAGCGAUGGGCACCGUCUGCUGCGUGUUCUCAAAGGUCGAGAGCAUGCUUCGGCGGGCUCCGAAGGGUGGCUGGACAUGCAUCUCGUGCGGUCUCCGGAGUUCUUUCCUGAGGUCUAUCCAGUCGGUGUUCCAGACCGGCCACUAUGCUUGCGGUUGCAGGGAGAACUGGUGGUCCCGGUGGACUUGCCUGAGGAGAUGGAGGCCAAGUACAGAGAGGUUCAAGCUCAAGGUUGUGACGUCGUGCGUUUGCGGGAUUGCUGCAACUUGGCCGUCCACCACUCUUGGGCUUUGCGUCCGCAAAAGCGGGGGCUCGUGCUGGAGGCAUCCGAGCAGCACGCAGCAAAGCUCUCCAAAGUCGCAAAAGCCGUUUGGACCGGUCGAGAGAAGGCCAUGGUGGCAAUCUCCAGAAGGGGUGGUUUGCAGGUGCUGCGAGAGCUGCUGCGAAUGCACGCGCCAAGCGAAAGUGUCAAGAUAGCAGUGUUCUCUGGUCACAGCAGCUGUGUGGUUGACAAGAGCAGUGAGGAGCGUCUUCGACCUUCUGAGGCCCUGCAGCGUUUCAAUGACAACAAUCAUCCCGAGGUUCAAGUGCUUCUUCUCGACACUGCUUUUGGUAGAGAAGGUGUGUCAGCACUGGGUGUUGGUCGCCUUCAUAUCUGUGAUGUACCAAGCAGUUGGGCAGAGUACAAGCAGAUUGUUGGUCGCGCUAUCCGCUUCGGUGAUGUGAAACCCGGGUCACGUCGAAGCUUGCGGGUGUCGUUGUGGGUGGCGAGGCUGCCUGGUGAUGAAUGCGCAGAUGAGGCUCUUCUGGCAGAGCUUAGCGAACAAGGUCAGGAGCUUUGCGCAGCAGAGGAUGAGCUCAUGACCAUGAGCAUCACAGGAGGAUAUCAUGAUGCCAGAGCCGGAGGGCAAGGGGAGCCGAUCCAUGCCCCGACUUGCCGCGCAGGGUGUGUCCUCAGCCCUAGACCCGUGCUGUACAGAGGUGGCUUGGAUCUGCGGGGGAUUUCGAUAGAGUUUCAAGCGAACUCUGUCGAUAGUUUCGUUGUAGUUGCAAAGGGGGCCUCGGGGAAAAAUCGUGCAAGCUAUCGCCGCUACCGCCACCAGCAGCCAAGAUCAUUCAUUGACAUGAGUGUGGACCUCGUCUUUCAGCUUUCCAAGAAGUUAGAGUGGCGCACACCG